UAAGAAGCCUACCAAACAAUGUGAACGUAUCCAUUCCCAUCCCAUUCCCAUGAAUCCCAUAGGUGUGAUUCAAUUAUAUUGCCAAAUGUAGAAACUGAACCAGAUGACAAAGAACGUGGACGGUAUAUCAGUUUCUAUUCGUACUUCAAUUUCAUCCGGUUCACUAAAUUUUAUAUAUACGUCCAACAACAACUACUCUUCUUCUUCUUUCGAACAAAGCGAUUUCCCAUUACUUAACCGCGUCAUCUACUAUGUUCUAGAAUAAUAACCACCUUUGUUUUCGUCUUUAAAAUCAGGAAUAAUAUCCAGUUUCUUCCCCAAUUUCAAUUUCAAUUUCAAUUUUCAUAUCCUCCACUGAAUUCUUACUUCUCUCUUACUGCGUUUGAUUAAUGGCCGGAAAACUUAUGCGUGCAGUUCUCUUUGAAGGUUAUGGAGGUGGAGCUGCCGGAUUAAAGCAUGUGGAAGUUCCUGUUCCUUCGCCAAAGAAAGAUGAGGUUUUGCUAAAGCUGGAAGCAACAAGCAUAAAUCCAAUUGAUUGGAAGAUCCAGAAAGGGGUUUUGCGACCACUUAUGCCACGCAAGUUCCCUUACAUACCAGGUACUGAUGUUGCAGGUGAGGUGAUAGAGGUUGGUCCAGGUGUCACAAAUGUCAAAGCCGGUGACAAAGUAGUAGCUUUGCUUAGCCAUAAUAGUGGAGGCGGGUUUGCUGAAUAUGCGGUGGCGUCAAAAAGCUUGACAGUUGAAAGACCACCUGAAGUAUCUGCUGCUGAAGGUGCAGGAUUACCUGUAGCAGGCCUUACUGCACUUCAAGCCCUCACCAAUGCAUCAGGAAUCAAUCUAGAUGGCGCAGGGACACCAACUAACAUCCUUAUCACAGCUGCCUCAGGUGGAGUGGGUCAGUACGCUGUUCAGCUUGCAAAGCUUGGAAAUGUUCAUGUCACAGCAACCUGUGGAGCACGUAAUAUUGAAUUCGUCAAGAGCUUAGGGGCAGACGAAGUUCUGGAUUACAAAACCCCGGAAGGGGCAGCCCUUAAAAGCCCAUCAGGGCGCAAAUAUGACUUUGUCAUCCACUGUGCUACAGGCAUUCCAUUUUCUACAUUCGAGCCCAAUUUGAGUGCGAAAGGUAAAGUGAUUGAUAUUACUCCUGGUCCUAGUGCGAUGCUAGUGGCAGCAUUUAAGAAGUUGACAUUUUCGAAAAAGGGAUUGGUGCCGCUGCUUAUGAUUCCAAAGAGCGAGAACUUGGUGUAUCUAGUUAAUUUGGUGAAAGAAGGAAAGCUUAAGACGAUAGUUGAUUCGAAGCAUCCAUUGAGCAAGGCUGAGGAUGCAUGGGCAAAGAGCAUCGAGGGCCAUGCUACAGGAAAGAUAAUUGUGGAGCCCUAAGCACCAUUGUGGCUGCACAAAUAUAGUGUCUUGUUUUGAUCUGAAUAUAUAUGUAAUGGAGGGGACCUGGGGAUGUUUACUUCUUAUGCACUCUGGAUGCAUAAAGAUGUACAACUGGCACACUGCUGUAUUUAGGUUACUUUGAACAUGUGGUUUUCUUUUGGGUGGCGCUGUAUUUAGCCUGUAAAGCAUUACUUUUUGUUUGCGUGUG